AUGUCUGGCACUGGCUGUACUGUGACAGCGGCGCGGCUCCGCUCUCAGCGCGUACGCGGAAACCCUGGCAACGGCAGCGCGGAGACGAGCCCAGGGGGUAGGGCAUCAGACUUUCAAGAGCGCAACAAUGAGUCAAAAUCCGAGUCUUUCGAGUUCAAAUCUUCCAGUGCAAACAGUGACCAAAACUCCAGUCUUCCAUCCCCGGCACAUGUCUCCCCCAGCAGCCAACAGUUGCCAAGCUGUUCCAGAGCUUUGUUCUGCUGCCAGCUCAGCAAUAGCCCUGGUGCCUGUCUGCGCGAGGUCAGGAUGUCGAAAAGCAAAUCUUCAUGCACCAGGAGAGAAGAUAUCCAGCGCCUGUUUGACACCUAUGCCUCAGGCUCGGUGUUUCUGUCUGUGUCUGGUCUCCUCCAGUUCCUCCACCAGCAACAAAUGGAGCUGGCCGCCAACGAAGCCCAAGCAGAGGCCCUCAUAGACCUGUAUGAGAUCAAUAAGAAUGCCAACAGAAGCAUGUCAUUCGAGGGCUUCCUGCGGUUCAUGGAGUCCAAAGACUGCAGCAUCUUUAACCAGGCCCACUGUCAGGUGUACCAGGACAUGAACCAGCCGCUCACCAGCUACUUCAUUUCCAGCUCCCACAACACCUACCUGACCGGAGACCAGCUCGUGGGACAAAGUGACCUGCACGCCUACGUCAUUGCUCUGAGAAAAGGCUGCCGCUGCCUGGAGAUUGACUGCUGGGAUGGGCCUGAGCUGGAGCCGGUUGUGUACCACGGCCACACCCUGACCACCAAGAUCCUGUUCAAGGAUGUCAUCAGCACCAUCGAGCAGCAUGCCUUUGAGGUAUCUGCUUAUCCCGUCAUCCUCUCGCUGGAGAACCACUGUUGCAGGAGGCAGCAGGAGGUCAUGGCCCACUACCUAGUGUGCAUUCUGGGGGACAAACUACUGAAAGCUCCCCUGAACCAUCCCACCACUGGAGAUUUACCCAGUCCAGAUGACCUGAAGUAUAAGAUCCUCAUAAAGAAUAAGAAGCUGAAGCAUAGCAGGAGUGAGGAAGUCACAGAGACAGACACAGAGGACAGUGCAGAGGAGGAGGAGGAGGAUGAAGACGAGCUAGACACAGAUGAUGAGGGAGAGGAAGGCAAAAAGCUCAAGAACAAAGUCAAGUUCUGGUCCUGGAGACCAGCACAGAGAGAGCACAUGAAGGAAAAGAGGAAGAAGGUAGUGGCUGAGGCUCUGUCUGAUCUGGUCAUCUACACCAGAUCAGUAAAGUUCAUCAGCUUCAGUUACUCCAGAGACAACCAAAACAGCUAUGAAAACACCUCCCUGUCUGAGAAGAAGGCCAGCAAGCUGGUCAAGUCUGCAGGUGUAGACUUUGUUCGUCACAAUCAGAGGUUCCUGAGCAGGAUCUACCCCGCAGGCUCACGCACCGACUCCUCCAACUACAACCCACAGAAGUUCUGGAACGUUGGCGCACAGCUCGUGGCCCUUAAUUUCCAGUCAUCAGACGUGGCCAUCGACCUCAAUGAUGGCCGUUUCCUGGACAACGGAGGUUGUGGGUACGUCUUGAAACCAGACGUGCUCAUGUCAAUGAAAAGAUUUGAUCCAGGAUGGGGACAUCAUGGCAUGGCAAAUGUGAUUAUAAAGGUGAUCAGUGGGUCUAACUUACCUGUGACUGGUGGGAAGGCCAUGGAUCCCUUUGUCAAAGUGAAGAUCUAUGGAGUGGCCUGUGAUGUCGGCAAGGGGAAAACACAGAUCAUCAGAAACAACUCCUUGAGUCCGUACUGGGGAACAGUCAUGACUUUUAAAAUCACCAUCCCAGAGCUGAGCCUGGUGCGCUUCUGUGUGCGGGACCGGACCGGCCUCUUCAGCAGCGAGUUUGUGGGCCAGUACACCCUGCCCUUCCUCAGCAUGAAGAAAGGGUACCGCUGGGUGCCCCUCCGAGACCAGAAUGGGUGUAGCUUGGAUCCAGCCUCUCUUUUUGUUCAUGUAUGGUAUCCAUAA